UGAGAUUGCUGCUCCGCAGGAUUUUGGUUCGAAGGUCUUGCGAAAGUGGGGCCAUCAUGGUGGGAAGGGCGGUCCCUUGGGAAACGCCGGUUUCUCGUGAUGGGCCUCAUGGGCCUCUGGAAAUUGGCACAACUUGGCAGGUUGUGUCAAAUUCAACACUUGCGACGAAGGCUUGUUCGGUGAUGAAGAAGCCGCCAAAGGAUUUGCGCAAGUGGUUGGGGCAGCUGGUCACAGUUGUGGAGAAGAACUCUCAUGGACAGGUCAGGUGCAAGCUGAAGUCCGACCUCGACCGAAAGGACGCGAUUUGGCUCGUGCCGGGUGCUUUGACGGCCACCAUCACGACCGAGAAGGAGCUAGUCCGUGCGAUCUUGGGUGGCAUCUACAACUCGGUUGCGCAGCGCUCUGAGAAAAUGACACAGGUGGAGCUCCAUGUCCUUUGCAAGGAAGGCUCAGAAGUCUCAGGUUCAAAGCUCCAGUGCGUGCAUGGAGAUGAGGUGAUGCAGCUUCGAGCAACGUCGGAGGGACAUUUUCAUGGGCUCUUAGAGGUGCACACUGAAUCGAAGGAGAUUCCUUUGAAGUUCGUCUUGCACAACGAGUCUAAGAUGGACAUGCUCUUGAGCUUCGUUGGAGCCAACGCAGAGAGCAAGCAGAAGGAGUUGCGACUCCCCUGGAAGUCGGGUUCCAAGCACACGUUUUGCGAGUUGGCCUUCAAGAAGAAGGAGAUCACCUCGAAGGCAGAGUUCUGGGGCGAAUUCCUUUGCGCUUUUCAUCGAGACAUCGCCCAGUGCGACUCUGCAGGACUGCCUGAGGCGAGCGGCACAGAGAAACUCUUCGCAGCGUUGGAAGCGCUUUCUGCUCUCACGUGUGAGCUACACAACCCACCCGAGUUGGGUGCAUACCUGAAUCUGCUGGAUCGUCCGAUGACACCGGCACAGGGCCUUUUCGCCUGCUACAUGCUCGGGCGGCUACUGGGCCCUCCGGGGAAAGGGGAGUUCUUCCCAGGUUGCUUGGUGCUGGUCGAGCGGAGGACUGGCAGCAGCAGCAAGAGGUCUAAAACCAUUGAGGUGAUCUACGAAGUUGUGGAGGAGCGAGGACAGAAGCUCCGAGUCAGACUGCCGGGCACAGACAUCGUGGAAGAUGCUGAUAUGAACAAAACCAAGCGAUUCUUCAAGAUGAAGGACUCCAAGGACUCCAAGGUCCACGUUCUCGAUGCCAUCGCCACAUCCUCCUUGGAGGGGGCAGAGCUUGAGAUGCUGCUCAGCGACGAUUUGCACCUGAUGAGGGACGGCCUACACGCUCUGAUGAGUCGAGAUGCAUCACAAGGUGGUGCUCGUUGGAUCAGAGCCUUGAGGCGUAUAGCAAUCUCCCACGCACGGGAUGCGGCCAGGUUUUUGGAGAACAUGAGCUUUGAACUAGGUCGGAGGAAGGAGACCCCAAAGGAGCUCGCGUUUGAGUUGAAGGAUAUGGAUGGAGAUGUCUUUUCUGACGAGACGUUGCAAGAGGCCUUCUUCAAGGUCCUCCUGGGCUCCAACUUUUCAAUGGACGACCUGCGGACAGUCCUGAUGGCAGCGCAGCAGGGCGCUACGAGGACGAAAACAGAAGUCGUGGCAGGUUGGUUUGGAAUGGGUCAGCAAGAAGGUACAAAGGCUUUGGUUCAUCAAAUCUUGGGAAGUUUGGCGUUCGAGAAUUACCGCCUUCGAGUGAUUAUGAGCUGCAAGAAUAGCAAGGACCCCAUGGGUCUGGCUAAGACCUGCGAGAGCUUCCAACAAUGUGGAGAGCUGCGUCUCGAGCUGCUGGCGCUUUGGGAGAAGAUCUUUGUGAGCUGGGUCGAGGGAGGGGCUUGGAUCACAAAGGUGCCUGAGACUGCUGAAGGCCUGGCAAGGCUCUUAAAGCUGGAGGAUGAGACGAUUCUAGAGCUGCUGAUGAAGAUCAUGAAGUUCAUGUUGGAGAUUUGUGUCUCAAAGGCCUUUGGAGAGCUGCCGACGCUGGUGAAGCGGGUGGCGCCGUUCCUGCACAAGCUCAAAGACCAGGAGGUGAUGGAGCUUGUGUCCUCCUACAUCACGAGACAUGGAUCUUUGGUCAACUUUGGAGCUGGCAGCAAGGAAGUCAAGAGAAUCCUCGCAGUGCUGGACGCGGGCAGCAAGCUCUCAGAGAUGCUGACGGGAGCCCAUCGCAACGGUUUGGACAAAGUCAUCGGAGCUGAAGUGGAUAAGGCAUGCAAGGACUGUGGCGGCAUGCAGCUGUUGGAAGCACUCCCUCAGAUCAAGGUGGAAGACAAUUCGACAGCAUCCAAGGAGAUGUGCACGCUUUUUGUGAAGAUGAUUGUUGACCGGGCCCCCUCCAUUUGCUAUGAAGCCCGGACCUUCGCGGACGCCGUGAAGCGGUGCCUGGCCGCGUUGCGCGACGUGAGGCCCUUGGCCGAGGGCGUGCUCUUGGCGUUGCUGGAGGCUGCUCCCAAAGAAUCCAUGGAUAUUCAUACCCUGAUGGAGAAAGGUGCUGAGCAUUGGCGGCUCUUGCUCAAGGCCUGGGAGGAGCUCGGAGAGCGCCCCAGGCGCCAGGAACGGCUGGCGGAGCUCUUCCAUAUGGCGAAGAAGAGCUUGGGAGAUUUGGUCACAGGUGAGAUCAAAUUGGCUGAUGCUGAGACCCUGCUGAGCCACAACCGGGAAGCACUCCUGGAGCUCCUCACAGCACUCGCCAAGUACCUGGAUGGGCUUGACCGGGCCGCGACGAACCUGGUGAGCAUCAUUGAGACCCAGGUCCGUACGUACAACGAAGCAGCUGAACGAUCCAGGAAUUUCCUCCUACUUUGCAGACACUGCGGGCUCAUUGGCUCUGCAGAGGUGUCUACGGCUGGCCUUGCAGUCUUGGAGCGCGACAGACAGAAGUCCCUCAAAAGAUUGCAGUGGCUGAACGUUGAGGACCGCUGGUGGUGUCCGAAGUUGAAAGCCAUCAAUGAUCUUCCGAGCUGUGAGAUCUUCAAGAGGAUCGUGAUCAGGUGGGCCAAGGAUGAGGAGGCGCUUACUGCUGAGAGCGACGCCGACAGUGAGGAGGAGGGCGGCGCUUUGGAGGGAGAAGCGCCGCAGCAUGAUGAGAGAAGUCACCUAGACGUGUUGAACACUGAGAUGGACGGAGGCUUCUUAUUCGAUGCCAGUAAAAUGCUGCAGAGCUUCUUUGAUGAAUUCGUGAGCGAAUGUAAGACGCUGGCUGAGACGUCCGUGACGAACUUGGAGUUCGACAGGGUCAGUGAGCUGAUCCCCAUGGAAGAGGCCAGUGAAGUUCGAGAGCAUCUGAGCGUCGCCAACAAAGCGAGUGGCGUCGGUUUCCCGGAGUUGUUGCAACGGACCCUCCAGAUGGCAGCGCGUGUGCCUCGGGCAGCGGCGGACUUGGAGGCUGUGCACACGGCUGCGGGUGUCUUGGGCAUGCGAGCUGGAAAGACCGAAGUCGAGCAGUUGAAGAGUUGGGCGAAAAAGAUCUCAGUCCCUGGUGCCUAUCGCAUCCCAGUGACUUCACUUGCCAAGUCGGUGGAGGAUGCGGACGUCGUCUUGGGGAAGUUGGCGACCAAGGUGGUCGGCCCAGCAGCUGGCGGUUGCAUCCCCAUCGCACGAAACCUGGCGGAGGCCAAGGAUUUAUACGAAUUUCUGAAGUCUUUGUUGGACGAAGAUCUAUUGCAACUGCAAGAUUCCAUGGAGAGCCACUCGGAUGAGCUCCUGAGAAUGGACACCAUCUUUGCAUUGGAUGAUGUGCGACGUCUCUUCAAGGCGCUGACGAAGAGACGCUUCAGGAUGGACUUCGCUGAUGCGUUGCUUGAAAGCGUUCAGGACCUGAAGGACAUCAGUGAUUUGGCUGGAAAGUUGCAAACAUGUGUGCAACAUUCACAUGGGCUGCAGAACUUGUACCGGAACUUAUCGAAUCGAGAGGAAGUUGCGACCGAGAAGAUCAAGCAAGCCGUCAACUUGGGGACCUACCGCAUUGAGUGCCACACCACUGCCGUUGACAUCAGCCUGACAUACCCCAGUACAGCCACUGGAACGAUGGUGAAGCUGGGAAAGCAGGACUUGGUGGAUUUGCGAGCCAGAGCUUUGUUGAACCACCCAGAUGAUCGGGCAAAAGGAGCAGACGAGAGGCCACUCAUGAACUUGUUCGUGCAACAAGUGGACGUGCUGCUGCCGGCUUGCAUCCAACUUGAGACACUGCGCGAUGAAGGCUUCUACUGGGCGAGAACACGGGUUGAAGAGGCCUCCAAUGUGGGAGGUGGCGCGUUGCAGAAGCUGAUGCAGAUGGACAAGAACUUUCAGCAGGACCUGCAAGAGUGGCGACUUCAACUUCAGGCGGCACGCCAAAAAUACCCUGAGUUGGCAUUCGUCUACUCCAAGCAGUUUUGGCUGCUGGCAGACUUUGUACAAGGGAAUGCCAUGCAACAGCAUGACACCCAAAUGGUUCUCUCCAUUCUCUCCUUCAUCGAGGGCAAGGCUUUGUCUGCCUCAGAGCGGCAGAUCGCUUGCUCUGUCAGCCGGCGGGCCGUGCUGCCCGAUCGGGUGCAGCUGCGUGGGUGGUUCGAUGUCUUGGCAAAGUCGCUGGUGGAGGUUUUGACGACGGUUGCUGGAGGCUGCAGAGUCAACCUUCGAGAUCGGCAGCCUCAGCGCUUUUUGUCCGAUGAGAUCGAGACGGGCUUGCUGAGCCGUGUCCAGCCAGGUGUGGUGAGAUCCGUGCACGCCAGAGCGAAGGAGGACGUCUUGCGCAUGGCCUUGUCCUUCUACGGAGGAGAGUCGGCACUGCCACGAGCACACGAGAUGAUGUUUUGUUCUGCAGCCACCUCAUGGCCACAGCUGGACGCCUUCUUGGCGCGCUGCCAAUACGUCCCAGGCCUUUAUGUCAUGGUCCAUGUACAAAGAUUGAGCUACAAGUUGCAGCAUCGCCUCGUUGAGCACCUCAAGUCUCUUGGGAGCUCCUAUCGCUUGGUGCUCGUGGCCCUGUGCAAGAGCGACGAUGCGGCACAAGUGCAUCUCCUCCGGGAGAUCCCCGCCAAGCCCGCCAGCCCCUUCUCAGAGCUGGGCUUGAAGCGCUUCGUAGAGCUUCUGGCGCCGAAGCUCGCGGUCGUGGUCUCGGAGAAUGCUGGCUGUGGGAAGACAGAGCUCGUUCGGCAGCGGGCCUUUGCAUUGAAGAAGAGUCCAGUGACAGUGCCCUUGAGUGGGCCGGUGAACUUCAAGGAACCUUUUUUUGACAUGUGGAUGAGGGAUGGGGCGGACGUAGUGCAGCUUGGACGGGGAUGGCAUGCUCGAUAGGGAUAUAAUUGUUUAAUAUAAUACAGUAUAUUUGUAACUAUAUAUAUAUAUAUCAUUCAUGUUCAG